UCCAAGACGUCAGACGAACGCGGGAAUUUAAACUAAGUCGAAAUUUUUGUGGAAAUUAAGACUCUUAAGGCAUUUAUAAUUAUUUUUCUCGCCCAGGAAUGUCUCUACUUGAACUCCUGAAGGAUAAACCACCUGUUGUUUCUGAUGGUGAUAUUCCAUGGCCUGCACCGAAUAAGAACGUCGAUGCUUCGUCUUCAUCAACAGCUGCCCCAUUUUUAACGUCUUCACCCUUAUUUCCAGCUAAAAGGACGCCAAGUUUACGGGAAUUUCUCCACCCAAACUACCGUGGUAAGAAAGAGGAAAAAGAGAAGGAUUCUAUUAGCGAACCUAGUGACUUACUGCUGGCUAUUGAGAAGAAUAAAUCUUCAAACAAUUUGAGCAAAACAGAUUUUGACUUACAGAAAAAAAUUCGCCACAAAAGUUUGAAUGUAAAUUAUAGUUCAAAAGAAAAAGUACAAGAAAGACUAGCGAAAAAUACUGAGGAGACUAGCUCAAUUUCUGUGCUUAAAAAUCCGGAUUUUGAAGAUUCUGGAAGUGCAGAAACCCAAAAAGAUGAAAAAUUACAAACCUCAAUUUUAGGUACAUGUAAUUUAACUUCUACAGAAAAAGUUGUUUUCCAACAAGAUGUUGCUGAAGAAGUCGAUAAUUCUGAGACUGUGUCUGAAAUAAAUGUUUUUCUUGAUAAUACCACAAAUCAGGAAAUAUCUGUAACAGAUUCUGAUGUUGUCAUUGGGAAGAGACAAGAAAAUGGGCUCUUUGUUCAUGCCGACAAGAUUCCAGCAUCAAAAAGAAUAAUUUCAGAAACUAAAUCUGUAAUGACUGAUGAUAAAUCAAUUGAGAGAGCUAAAAUAAUUUCUGUUGUGGAAAAACAAGGAAAGAAAUCAAAUCAAAUCAAAUUAAAUGAUAAGAGUGAUGAUCAUUCGUUGGUUUAUGCCGACAAGGUUUUAACACCAAAGAGAAAAAUAUCAGAAUUUGAAUCUGGACUAACUGAAAAAGAAUUGGUAAAGAGAGUUAGAAGAAUAUCUCAAGAUUAUUGUUCAGGUGUGAUUCCUGGUAUGUGUGGUACACAAAACAAUGAAUUGAAAGAUUCGGCAGUAUGCAAAGAACAAGGGUUGUCUUUGAAUGAUGGGCAGAACACACAAGACAGUGAUCAGGAUAAGUACAAUACUGAAGUACACAAAGUACAAGCCGUGACAUUAGAACCUGACAUGUGCAACACACAAGACAAUGAACUUGAAGAGUACAUUGUCAAUGACAAAUUAAAGGAAGAUCAGAAUUUGAUGUCAAAAAAUAAUAACAGUGAUCGCAAAGGAACACUUUCCAUAGAAAAUAAAGCGCAAGAGUUAACUUUGAAGGCUGAUGAGGAAAAUUCAAAAAACAAUGAUGGAAAAGAAUCCAUACAUAAGGAGCAUAUACAGGAGCAUUUGUCUGAGAAUCGUAACAUUGAUCAGGAUAUAGGAAAUAAUGCACAAGAGUUGCCUUUGAAGGCUGAUGAGGGAAGCACACAAAGCAAUGAUGUUGAAGAAUCCAUAGACAAAGCACAUGUAGAAGAGGGAUUAUCUGUGGAGAGUGAUAGCCACACUUGCAACAAAGAAGAAAGAAUGCUGGCCACAGAAAAUAAAGCACAAGAGUUGCUUUUGAAGGCUGACGAGGGCAGCACCCAAGGGAAUGAUGAAGAAGAAUCCAUGGAUGAAGUACAUAAAGAACAAGAACAUCUUCCUCUGACAAAAGAGACGAUGUGUCAGGAAUUCAAGGAUACACUACAAGAUGAGAAAACCUUAUCUCUGAAGACAGAUAUCAUGUGCAGGGUGCAAAAGAAAGAUGAUCUGGCUCCACAAAACAGAAAGAAAGAAGCACAAGAAUUGUCUUUAAUGACUAAUACAUGCACGAAAGGGAAUGACAUUGUUAUAGAUACCACAGAAAAUAAAGUAUCCUUUGAAAAAGGAAUUAGGAAUGAUAACUCAAAAAUAUCCUUAUCAAACACUAAGUCUGAAACUAAAGGCUCUACGGAAAAUAAAACUGAACUUUUUAAACACUCACAAGAGGAUAUUUUUGAUAUCCCAAAAAUUCCACGAAAUGUUAAAUCACAGACUUCAUUACGACAGAAAAUUUUUACCACUGACUCUAGUGAGUCGAGUUCAACAGAGACUGAAGAUAGUGAAACAGAUGUAAAAGAAGCUGUCAAUCAAAAUCAAGGUUCUAAAGAAGUUUUCUCAUCAAAUGUUAAACCUGUAUUAAAAUUUAAAAAUGCUACAGAAAGUGAUUUUGAUCCUACAAAAGACUUAUCUGAUAAUAAAGUAUGCAACUUGAGUCAAGAUAUUAGAGCUCCGAAGACUUUAGACACGAAUGAUUCAUGUACUCAAAUUUCACUUAAAGAUAAUGCAAUUGAUUCAAAUUCUGGUUCUGAGGAGGACRGCUCUACUGAUGAAGACAAAGAUGAAGGUCAGGGCAGCACAAAACUCGAAAAGGAAGAAGAAGAAGCUAUUGAGAUUUUGGUAUUUAACGAUUCAGAUGAUGAUGAUGAUGGGUUGGAAGAUGGAGAGAUUGAGGAAGAGAGUAGUGACGAGAGCUUUAAGUCAGUAGAGGGCAUGGAUAGACUUGAGGAAGAUGAGGUUCCAUGUAAUGAAAGCAAAGAUAAAGCUGAGAAUAAAAAAAUAACAUUGGGAAAUAUAGGGAUGCCUAAAGGUAGCAAGAGAAGAAGAAAAAAGAAGGCAAAAGGAUUAUCAAAACAGGAAACACCAAAGAAGAUAAAAAAUGUUCCUACAAAAGAAUCCAAAGACGACCUCAGUACAAGAAGAUCAUUUAAGAAACCAAUGGCAGACCAAAGUACCACAUGCAAGCCAGAACCCAUAAAUGAAAAACCCAAUGAAGAUGAAAACCAGGAGGAGUUUAGCUUGUUAUCUACGUUGACGAGCACUGCAGUCAUGGAUGUCACUGUUGCAGCCAGUGAAAAGGAACUGAUUAAGAAGAAGUCAAGAGGAGGCAAGGURAGUGCCAAAAAAAGAAAGAAGUUGCAGAGAAGAAUGAACGAGCACACUGCACGAAGAGCAGAAAUAGAGAUGAGAAGACUUGAGAUUAUAAUGGAGCCAUUGCCGAUGCCGAUCUGCCUGUUCUACUUAAGUGGUUCAUGUAACAAGGGUGAUGGCUGUCAGUUCAGACACGAGGGAACUCCAACAAAGAGACCACAUCUCUGCAAAUACUAUGUAAUGGGUGUGUGUGAAAAGGGUGAUAACUGUCUCUACCAACAUAGCGCAUAUCCAUGCAAGAAUUUCCACUUAGGGUCACGUGUGUGUACCUAUGAAGACCGCUGUAAAUUCUCCCAUGAUGCACCAACGCCCGAGACUCAAGUUCUUUUUGACCAGCUCUUUGCAGAAUCAUUACAAGCGCAAAAUACGACCCUAACUGAUGUUGGAGAUGGUAAUAAUCAAAAUGGAACAGCAACCUCUACAAAUGGAACCAAUCUCCCUCCCAUUGCAUCUGUGAAACAGAACCUAUAUUCUGUUCGGUAUAGCUCUAUCGACGAAGAGAAUUGUGAGGGGAGUGAUAGUUUAGUACAGGAAGGUAGUAGUCAAUCAAAAGAUUGCGAGGAAAAGACAAAGGCAGCCCAGCAAGAUGAGUCUAGUCAAGUCUUGACGCCUUCGUACGUGGUCCCUGGAAUGUAUACAAGUUGAACAGAAUCCGAGAGGAUUGUGGUUGGCAUGUUCAAACAGCAGAGUAAUUCUCGCUCCAAGUUCCAGUUCUUUUUAUCCGGAAAAUUGUCUUACAUCACUAAAUAAUCCUUCCUCCCUUUGCUUCCUUCCUUCCUUCCUCCCUCCCUCCCUCCCUCCCUCCAUUCGCUAGCUCCCUCCCUCUCCAUUCGCUAGCUCCCUCCCUCCCUCUCUUACAAGGGUUUAGCUUAUUGGGUGAUGAGUAAUGAAAUCAAGUCGGGCCUCACUAUUUCCAAGUAGUUAUUACGUCGCAGCCUGAGUGCAUCCCAACACAGACCGUGUUUGAAUGCAUGCAGGCUACUUAACGCUGMUGCAAGAGUGGGCUUAUGUUAAAAUAAAGGCGGCAAACUUCAAACUAGCUUAAA